ACUUUGUACGCAAACCUCUGUUUGCCGGCCGGACAGGAAUUUUCUUGCGCCGCCAAUGACGACUUUGCCUUCUCUUUCUGCUUCCUGUCAAGUUCCUUUUCCGAAAGAUCUUCAUCACUCCCCACAGAGCCGCCGCGACAGUGCAACAGCAACGGGGCUUUCCCAUUCCUGUCCAACCAAGGCACCUCACCACCUUACUUACCUAAGAUAGUCUAUCUACCUAUCUCUAUCUCUAUCUCAAUUUCACCCCUCCCCCUCCCUCCACAUCCCACCUCCAAGCGCAAAAGCUCCCCCAGCGCCGAAAAUCCCCAACACCAUGGCCGUCCACAGCACCAUUGACCAAGAGUUCCCCUGCUCAUUAACAAUCAACGUCCCCUUCCCGACCCCGCGCCUAGCCACCGUUGCGCACAAAGCCCUCGCCGUCGACCAAGAACUGUCUCCCCUCGUCCGCCGCACCUUCUCCAUCGAUUCCGACUCACCGACUGACGCCGGCGCCGACGCUGCUUCCGUCCUGCGCGUACACUACAAGGCCACCACAAACCGCAUGCUUCGCGUGGCCGUCAACGGCCUCAUGGAGAGCCUGAACCUCGUUGUCGAGGUCAUGGAGGAGCUGGAUGUUGAUGUUUUGGAACACAACCGGGUCUCUUCGCAAUAAGGGGUUCAAAAAAGACAGAAAAAGAGUAGUGAAGAGGAGAAGGGGGGAAAAAGGCCUCUCGUGGAUUGCUACCCGAAAUAUGGGGAACUAAAAGGCGCAAGAAAAAAAGCUUACCGCUGGAAAUUCGGGACAAGAGAGCGGGAACGCAGUCGCACGCGAUGGGAAGAGAAGACGGGAAACGAUGCAUCAUGACUUCAUUUUUUACAUUUUUUGUGAUACCCUAGAAUACAC